AUGGCCCAAUGCCAGGUUUCCAAUGGACUCGGUAGCAAGUACCUGGUAGAAUAUGCGAGAUGCGCUCGAGCUGGCUUUAAGGCAACAAUUGAAGAAUCUCCAGCACCUCAGCCUCAACCUCCUAGCAAUUUUCCAAUGAAUGGUACUACUCCAGGUAGUCUCCAUCCACAAGAAUGUCUACCUAGGUGCACAUAUAGAUGCUCAAAGACACAGUACAAGAAGCCAUGUAUGUUCUUCUGCCAAAAAUGUUGUGCAAAAUGCCUUUGUGUUCCUCCAGGGACUUGUGGGAACAAGCAAUUUUGUCCUUGCUACAAUAACUGGAAAACUAAGAGAGGAGGCCCUAAAUGCCCUUAGGGCUUGUUUGGUAUGACAGAUAAGGGAUAAUUAAUCCCGAAAUUAAAUUUGAGAUGAGUUUAUUCUAUGUUUGAUUGAGAUAAAAUCGUG